AUUGUUUAGCAAUAACGCAUAAGUGGAUAAGGAAGUAAAUAUCCACUUUUUUUUAAAUUAAACAAAACUUCCCUUUCCACUCGUAUGUGUGGAUAUCAAAUUAUCGGAUUUAAAAGAUUAUUUCACACGGUACCACAGAUGACACAAUGGCAAGAUUGAUUUCAGUAAUGUUAGUUUUAAUGUGUCAGAUUGGAUUAUCAAUGCAGGCAUGUGCAGAAUGUGCAUGUUGUAAAGGAAGCUUUACUUGUGGUUCCAACAAGAAUUGUCGUGAUGGUUGUAUUGACGGUUAUUUUGGUGCAAAAUGCACAGAGGAGUGUCUACAAAAUUGUAAAACUUGUGGCAAUGGUUAUAAAUGUACAGAAUGUAUACCUGGUUAUUUUACUGACAAAUGUACUACGCCAUGUGGAAAAGGUUGUCUCAACAAUACAUGCUCGCAUUAUUCAGGAGAAUGUACCUGUAAAUCGACUAAUUUUAUAGAAGGUAGAUGUGAUGCAUGUUCAAGUACAAUGUAUGGUGAUGAAUGUAACAACACGUGUCCUAGAAACUGUGGAGCUUGCAUAUCAGAUACAGAAUGUAUCUGGUGCAAGGACACUGCUUAUUACGGAUCAUAUUGUCAAUAUAGAUGUUCGGUUGGUUGUGUCGAUGAAAUAUGUAAUAAAGGAACUGGGUACUGUAUUAAAGGAUGCAAAUCUGGUUUUAACGGGUAUAAAUGCGACAUGUGCUUCUCUGGUUUAUACGGACCCUAUUGUGAUUUAAAUUGCACAGAAAACUGUAUAGAAUGUUUUUCGGCAACAAACUGUACAAAAUGUAAAUCAGGUUUUUAUGGGGAUAUAUGUGCAAAUGCAUGUCCAGCUAGUUGUGAUAAAACCUGUUCAUUUUCCACUGGUCAACAUUGCAAUUUGACAGAAAAAUACCGUGUUUGUGAAAAAGAUACAGGAAGGUGUUUACACGGAUGUAACUUGGUUACAAAAUAUGGCGAUUUUUGUGAGAAACAAUGUAGUAAUACCUGUUACAAUAAAAGCUGCGACUUGAAAACGGGACAAUGUUUAGAAGGAUGUGAAAUGAAUUUUUACGGAUUGUUUUGUAAUAAUUCAUGUUCUACUUCAUGUCUUUCUCAUACCGGUAACCGUACAUGUGAUGGAAUAAAAGGCCAUUGUUUAUUUGGAUGUAAAGAUGGUUUCCAUGGCAAAAGAUGUGACAACAUAUGCAGUACCCUAUGUGUAAAUACAACUUGCAACCAUACAACUGCAGAAUGUUUAUAUGGCUGUAUAGAUGGAUUUAAAGGACCUAAAUGUGCUAAAGCAAUAAUACCGGAUCAAGAAGCCUUUUAUACAAGAAGUACACUGAUAGGAUCUACAAUUGGGACAUUUCUAGCUGGUGGAAUUGUUGUCGGGAUUGCCUCUUUGAUAGCCUUCAUUGCAUGGAGGCGAAGGAAUACACAAACUAAACAAAUAGAUGUACACGGAUAUGAAAGUACAAUAACACCUAAUGGAAAUCGAUCUAACGACGACGCACAUGAGAGUGACUCUCCUGUUACUUACGAGGAUUUGAAAUCACGUGAUGAGAGAUUAUACAGUCAGAUAACUACACGUCAGCAGAUAUCACCACAAGCAAGCAACUGA